AUGAACAGAGACUCUGUGGAAGAGCUGAAACGCAAAAGAGAAGCGUCCAGUGUCAGUGACACGAGUAUGAACGAAGCGAAAAAGAAUGAAAAGAGUGACAAACAAAAAAAGAAGAAAGCGAAACAGAAACAGAAUGAUAAUAAGUGUGGCAGAAAUGAAUCUGAAACAGAGGAUGACAUAGAUGUAGCCCUUGAGAUGAAAAGACUUAAUAAAAAGCUAGAGAAACUGGCCAAAUUUAGUCAAAGAGACCAGAAACAAAAUGAAACAGCAGAAGAAUACGCCGCUGAACUCAAGAGGCUGUAUGAUCAAGCGCACAAGCGUCGGGAUGGAGCAACGAGAAAAGAAGAUUUGGUAAGAAGGUUCCUUGACGGACUGCGAGAUGUAGUUGUAAGGUGGGAAGUAGAGUAUGUGAAAGAGCCCAGGGAUAUCGAUGAGGCAGUUUAUCACGUAGUUAACUACAUUCAAACUAGGAAGCGUCAUCAAGUAGGCUCUAAUCGGAGACAACGCCCCGUGCGCAGGACAGGUGGAACAGAGACAGAUGAAGCAGACAGUGAAAAUGAAAGCGAUUCCGAUACAGUUGAGUAUGCAUUCAGGGUGCCAAAGAAGAGACAAUUCAAGCGUAGUGAAAAGACUGAAACCAAGAGAAAAAAGUAUCAAACAGUAAGGAAGACAAGUGUCAAUCAGGGUCAGACCAAAACAGAGGUCAAGGAAGAUGUGAUACAAGCUUUGACACAGAAAAUAGAAGAACUAAGCAUGAAGGUGGAGACGGUAAAUAAUAAAUCGACAAAAGAUGACAACCGCAGAAGCUUUGUGAGAUGUUACAACUGCAACAGAGAGAACCACUUUGCAAGAGAGUGUCCAAAUGAACAUCAGCAACUGUGUCUGUUCCGCUGCUUCCAGCUCGAGCAUUUACAGCGACAUGUCACCAAUUUCCCUCGACACAGGAUGUUGCUACGAGAGAAGGGGGUGGAGGAUAGCGAAAGCUACCUUGUAAGGAAUCCAAACCCAUACACAGUAGGACCUAGGGAUGUUGCUCCAGUGGCUGAAGACACGCUGUCACGGGCAGUGGAAAUCACAUUCCUUGACGGAUUGGACUUUCUGGACAACUUGUUAGAGGCACAGCCAUGUAUGCCAGGACCUUACACCCCUGAAACAUCAGCAGCAAGGCUGGAAACACCAAGGCCAAAGGAGAGUACGCCAUCAUUAGCAUACCAAGCAGCACCAUCUCCAGCAAUCCUGGACAGCCUCCCAACUAUAUAG